ACAUUGGCUUAUUCGCAGUUCCGACAAAGAGGUUAUUGAUGAAACAUAGUAAAUAAAACAACGAUUCCAAAGAGAAAAUAAAUCAAAUCAUUCGUGCAUUACAAUGGGUUUUCUAACAGUGUUGAAGAAAAUGAGGCAAAAAGAGAAGGAGAUGAGAGUGCUUUUGUUGGGUCUGGACAAUGCUGGGAAAACAACCAUCCUGAAGCGAUUGAAUGGUGAAGACAUUGACACAAUUGAACCGACGCUAGGCUUCAAUAUCAAUACACUAGAGCACCGCGGGUACACACUCAACUUCUGGGAUGUCGGCGGGCAAAAGUCAUUGCGAUCCUAUUGGCGCAAUUAUUUCGAGAGUACAGAUGGUUUGGUGUGGGUGGUAGACAGUGCGGAUAAGAUGCGACUAGAAAAUUGCAGAGAAGAAUUAAAUAAUCUGUUGCAAGAAGAGCGAUUGGGUGGUGCCACUCUCUUAGUUUUGGCCAACAAACAAGACGUUCCUGGUGCCUUAUCAUCAAAGGAUAUUAAAGAUAUUUUGGAAUUGGACAAAAUUGAAACGCAUCAUUGGAGCGUCGUGGGAGUGAGUGCUGUAACUGGCGAGAAGCUCUUAGCAUCAAUCGACUGGAUGAUUGACGACAUCGCAAAACGAAUAUUCACGCUUGAUUAAUUUUAGUCUCUCUCUCUAUAUUUUAUUUUUUUAUAACACGCAAUUCAAUGAUCGCACUAACUGUGUUAACCAAACUGCAAAUGCUCUAAAGUAUUUUCACUGCUAAGAAUCAUUCUCAACAUAUUUUGUUAUACGAAAUUAUUGAAUAAAAGCUAUGAACUAAAA